AUGUCGCUUGCUUACCUCAAAAGGAUGGUAGCUGAAUGUGAAUGGCAGGGUGGCCUGAAUGACCCUGAUGUGAGUGGUGUCUCUGAACUUACCGCUGAUGCCAGUGAAUAUAGUAAGCGUUCUCCGAAGCGGCUACCAACGCAUCCGAUACCGCUUACUAUUGUUGAUGUUCCCGCUGCUAGUUUAGUUGAUGGUGGGCGCUUUGACCAUCUGUUUGACUUGGGAAGUGAUCGUGCAGAUGCAUCAGAAGUGGCGUCGUUGCGUGAGGGAAUCCAUUACGACCCUUCAAACACAAAAAUAUUUGUGCAGACUCAGCGGAACGCGAAACAGUCGCAACAGAGUUCGGUUUCAUCACAUGCUGGCACAUCAGAUAAGGUCAUGAAAAAAGGCAAAAAGAGUGUGGUUGAGACUGGGGCAAGCGGUGCUGUGGAGGAUGGGUCGACGCCCAGUGAACAAAAGGGUCACACAAGACGGAACAUAUGUGAAAAGGGUAAUAUGUCGCGGACGAACAGUGUUAAUAGGUUCAACAAGGAAAAUAAUAAGGGAAGCAGUGUUAUCACGAAGGAAUCACGCACGUGCUCCCCACCAAACCGUAGGAAAAUCGAUGUAGCUGAACUUCAGCGAUUUGUUCGUAGUGUAACCACUGGUUCGCACGUGAGUCGCGGUGCGUUGUCUCAUUCCGAGGCCUCACGCAUGUCCCCCAUGAAAGUGAAGGAACAACAGUGUGGGCCUGCGCCGAAGUCCAUCUUUAAGCGUUCACUUACACAGGGCAUACGCAGGGUUUCGUCCAGCGGAACAAACCCUGGAGCUUGCCGGAUGGAGGCGCCAACGCGGAGGUUUCAAAAAUACCACUCGACACCAAAUUUAGCGCAUACCUCACCGUUUUCACGGUGCAACAGCAGAAGAGUACCAACUUCACUCCAUGUAGCAGCAACGAAAAAACACACAUCGACGGCAGCACCACUGUCACGCCAGGAAUCGAAAAAGGGUCUCGCCGGAGCGGCAUUGCAACAGCGAAGUCGUGAUACACUCGGCAACGGUCAAGGCGACGUGGCAGUAAAGGCACGUACAGCCUCCGGUAAGCUUAAGUUGUGGAUGGAAGAAAAGCCUAAGCGCGGGCAUACCCCCAUGCCCGAAGGUGUGCCAUCGCUGCAGCCACUUUGCUCUAAAGUUAAUCUUGGCCGGCGGCCUACUCACACAAAAAAGGGCAAGUCGGGUGCGGUGAAAACGGUGUCGGACACAACGGCAACUACACCAACAGCAACGCCAAAAACGACGGUAGCACCCGUUAUUACCACGAUGGCAUCCGCUAUGAGUCGCGUAGUGACUGAAACAGAAGGUACGCCCAUCGCACAGGUGGAACCGCAGACUACCGUGGCAUCUCGUUUCGAGCGAUCGGACCUCAUUUGUGUUAGUUUCAGCGACGACGUUGUUGAAAUAGCACCCAGAGCGGAAGGAGACAGUGUCCCCAAGGUAAGGCCCUUACCAUUAUCUAUGUUAGAAGUGAGCAGGAGGCGGUUGGAAAAGGCCGUCACGUCGCACUCCCCCACAAAACUAAGUUGGGCUGUUGGUAGUCGUCGGCGAAAAGUGGUGGCCAGACACAACGUGUCCCACACGACGAAAUGCAAAAAGAGAAAUGCUGCUCGUGUGACACGCAAGCCCCGCGGUGGCCCACAGUUAGGGAAAGCCUCUAGUAAGAAGCAGCAACCGCAAGGAGAGAAACAAACGGAAGGAAAGGGGGAUUUUACGCACACAACGCCGUCCAAAGUCGCUGCCGCCAGUAUGCAAAAGAAACGACGACUGACUCACAAAAAAGCGUUGCGAAAAUUACCAAAAACACCACCCUGUCGCUUGGGACGUAGUUCAACCGCCAAACAGAAUGAUGUUCAUGAAAAUGAACCAAUAUACCCUGUGAAGAAAGAAUAUGGAGAAGGUUGUAGAAGGAAAAAGAACAAUAGACGACGCAGAACUAUGUCACCGGAUGAGGAGGGACGGGAAAGGGAAAUGUGGGCCGCCUUGUGCAACCCAACGCGUGGUGCAAAAAAUGGUUUAGGCUGGUGGCAAACUACAACGGACAAGGAACCAAUAGCGAUGGCAACAGAUGCGGCAAGCGUAGCCGGUCGCUGUGAAGGAGAGGAGAUUCGGCGGGUGAACACCCCAUAUGGUGACGAGGAGAGUGCAAAAACUGCACAUUACCCUAUGGGGAAAAGGGGGAGCAGUUUCCGUAGGAAGAACAAGUCAUGGGUGCCGGCAACAUUCUCCGGUGGGCAUUUAGUUGAAAUGAAUAGCGGGACAUCUGUUAAUGAGGAUUGGGGUAACUCUACUGACUCCAUGCACGUCCGUGACUUGCAGGUGGGCGUCUCGUCUGCAAUGAAGGGGCCGCGGGAAGUCACCUCAAAAAGAAGUGGAAAGUCCCGUACUGAUAUCGGCGAAACAGGUUAUGGAACAUACGCGGAGAAACGGCAGAGAAGUCGUACUAGCAUUCGUAACGCUUCGUCCUUCCGUUUUACCGUAUCACUUUCUACGCUAACUACGGUGUCCACACAGUCUGCUAAUUCGGCACAGGGGAAAUCCGCCAUCAACUGUGAUGUUCUUCCAUCAGGACAAAUGGCAGGGGGGAAAAGCGAGUUGGAUGUUGAUGAAGAUGCGUUAAGCAGUCGUUCUCCAUCCGCUCGCUCGCCACAGGUGUCCACGGAGUUCUUCACAGCAGUGGCUGGAGCGGUACCCCCUUUAGAACAACAGGGAAAGCAUCAAAUUCGUGGAUUAUUGCGGUCCUUCAGCACGCGGUGCUCGUAUCUGACAUGUGGUGAAGGAAGUCCCUCACCGGAGCCAUCAAAUGAGGUCUCCGUGACGUGGCAAACACAUCUCAAGGAGGUUGAGUUAGGGAAACAGGGGAGGAGUGAGAAAAAAGCUGCGGCCCCUGUGCUGAAUUUCUGCCGAACGCAGGGUAGUGAGAGGGCAAUACGUUGCGACACUAUGGUUGUUUGUGCAGACUCCAUGGGUCCAAAAAUUCUCCCCCGGCCUGUGAAUGCCCCUGCUGUUGACCCACCGGAACGCUCAUGUCCGAAAGAAAGUGAAAAUAACACUGCAGUACGCGCUGCAUCGGGCACUAACGUUACAUGCCAAAUACGGCAAACGGCAUCAGCAACUAAUGGCAAACCAUCGGGAGGCCGAUCGCUGUCAACAACGUCAUUGCUGGCCAAGUCGCGCGGAAGUUCGGAAAGGAAACGCAAGUCGGGUCCAGGUAUUAGUCUCUUCGGUCAGGGAUCAAAGGAGAACAUGUGUCGGGACGCUCGUAUAUCGCGGGCCUUUUAUCUCAAAGCGCCCAACGCGCUACGGAGUGUGCCGUUGGUGAAUGCACGUCCCUUUUCGUAUACGCAAACCAACCCAACGCUGCCUUGCACUGAAACAAAUAUUAAAACACGCAGACGUGCGUGGAGUUUGGAGCGUAUCGCUAGCAGUAAGCCCGGAAGUUUGUCGUACUUUAGUAACAGUAAUGCCAGCACCAAAUCGAGUGGUGGGAAUAACAACAGCGGUAGCAACAAUCCCAAUAGCGGUUAUUGUAGCAUAGCUAGCAGCAGCAAAAGGAGCAGUGUCGGUGCUCGCAGUUGCAUUAAGAAUAACAAUAAUAAUAAUAGUAAUAACAUUAGUGACAGCAGCCGCUGCAGUAAAGGAAAGAAAAAUGAAUAUGCGGGGCACGAUGGUUGCUCUUUUCAGCGGUUGGGCAAUGGCAGUCUGGGGAAGCUCAUGUACGGGCGGGGUGUAAAUAUUGCUUAA